CAAGUGGCUCAUACAACGAUCGACCGAAGUUAGCCACAGGCAACACGACGAUGACGACAACAACAACCAGAACAACAAUCAGAACAACGAUGACAGCGAGACACGGAUUCUUCUCGACAGCCACCGCGGUGCUGCUGCUCUGCGCAGCCCUGCUGCUGACCAAGUCCUGCGGCGUUCAGGCCCUUAGCGGUGCUGGUAGCGGCGAUUUGGCCUGGAGCGAAACAACAACGCUUGCCGAGGGUAGCGGUUGGGAGGAGACGAUCAUUACCACACCACAGCCUGACGAGUCCACCGUGCAGGAGGAAGUGACAACGGAUGCCAUUGAGGAGCUGGACACUACAACAAUAGCUGUCGAAAAUCCACCAGAGGGUGGCGUAGAGACAACUACUGCUGCCGCUGAGGAUGCGGAAACCACGCUCAGUCCCAGCGAGCCGGAGGCAGAGACCACAGUCGCACCCAAUGAGGAGUCAUCCACAUCGAGCCCCAGCGAGCAGCAGCCAACUGAUGGCCCCAGUGGAGAGCCCUCCACUUCGGCACCCAGUGUGGAGCAGACCACUGGCAGUCCUAGCGAGGAGCCAACCACUGGCAGUCCUAGCGAGGGUCCAACCACUGGCAGUCCUAGCGAGCAGCCAACCACUGGCAGUCCUAGCGAGGAGCCAACCACUGGCAGUCCUAGCGCGGGUUCAACCACUGGCAGUCCUAGCGAGGAGCCAUCCACAUCGAGUCCCACUGAGGAGCAGUCCUCUGCCAGCCCCGGCGAACAGCCAUCCACAUCGAGUCCCACUGAGGAGCAGUCCUCUGCCAGCCCCGGCGAACAGCCAUCCACAUCCAGCCCCAUUGAGAGCUCAUCCUCUGCCAGCCCCAGCGAACAGCCGUCUACUUCCAGCCCCAUUGAGAGCUCAUCCUCUGCCAGCCCCAGCGAACAGCCAUCCACUUCCAGCCCCGGCGAGGAGCAGCCCACAACUCCAGAAGAAGAGGCAGGCGCCACCACCAUUGCACCCACACCACCGGCACCGCCCGCAUUCACGUGCGAGACCCCUGGUGUGUUCGCCCACAUCAGCGGUGACUGUCAACGCUUCCAUAAAUGCGUCCAGGAUGCUCCUUUGGGUGCGCUGAAUGAAUACGACCUGGUGUGCCCUCCGCUGUUGGCUUUCUCGCCCGAGUACGGCCGUUGCGUGCGCGACGUCUCGGCGUGCGACAAUGAUGCAUUCGUUUGCGCAUCUCCCGGACGCUUUGCAGGCAACGACUCCAGCUACUACUACAACUGUGUGGUGAGCUUGCGCGGUGGCUAUCACAAGUACAUUGUGCGCUGCUCGCCCGGCCAGCGCUUCGAGCCAUUGAUUGGCCGUUGCUGGCGCUACGAUUGGACAGUUUACCAGCCCGGACAGGCGUAUGAGGCCGAAGAUUUGGCCGCCAUCAAGCAGGAACAGAAGCAGCUGAAGACCGAGGAGAAGCUGCGCAAGAAGGCCGAAAAGAUCAAGGCCAAAGAGCUGCUGAAGCAACAGAAGCUGGCCGAUAAGCUGGCCAAAAAGGCGGCCAAGGAGAAGGCAAAGCAAGAGGCCAAGGCCAACAAGCCUGUGUCCAUUGAGAGCGUCGAGUCCCCCGAGGUGCCCAGCAUCGAAGAAUAAUCAGGCCCAGUAAUCCAGUUCUAAUCUAUGUUGGUGUAUAGCGUAGUCUCAUUAAGUUAUGGUUGUUAAUUUCACAUUUUUUUUUCUCCCUGUUUUGCAUGAAUAAAGACAAAAGUUCUUUAACAAAA